AUGACACCAGCAAUUCUUCAAUCCUCAGCUUGGCUUUUAUUACUCGCCAGUUGUAAUCUUGUAGCUUCUUCCACUUCUUCACAUUCGCGCGAUGAAUCUGUGUUUGCAGAGAGCUAUGAUUAUAUCAUUGUUGGUGGUGGAACGAGUGGUCUAGUUGUUGCAAAUCGAUUAUCUGAAGAUUCUACAAAAACCGUCUUGGUGAUUGAGCAUGGUCUCAUAGAUAAUAGCUCCCUCACUUUAAUCCCCAGACUCGGUCUUCAAUAUUUUCCCAACAACGUAAAAAAUUGGAACUAUGUUUCCGCACCCGUCGAAACACUGUUAAAUGCAACUUUCAACGUCUACAUCGCUGAUGUAGUAGGAGGCAGUUCUUUGCACAAUGGUAUGUUUGCUGAUCGAGGAUCCAAAGCAGACUACGAUGCAUGGGGAGCUCUCAUCGGAGACGAUACCUGGAGUUGGGAAGGACUAUAUCCCUACUUCAUCAAAAGCACGACUUUUACCCCUCCAUCCGAGGAGCUUAAAACACAUUUCGAUAUCAGAAAUAACGCUUUGGGAUAUGGGAAUGGACCUAUUCAGAUCAGUUAUCCCACUGUCAUCUUCCCCGAUUACAGAAACCAAACUCUAGCCGCGGAAGCAUUUGGAAUCGAAAUAUCGGAUGCGCCGGAAUCCGGUGAUGCCAUUGGUUUCUGCUGGGUUCCUCAGACUCUUGAUCCGAAAACGGGGUUUCGUUCGCAUUCGCGUGUCGCUUAUUAUGAUCCCAUUGCUAGUAGAUCUAAUCUCCAACUGAUCACGGGUCACUCAGUCGAAAAGAUUCUUUUCGAUAGCAAUCUCACUGCUACCGGUGUGAAAUUCACAUCUGUCCAAACAAAUCAGACACAUGUAGUAUCAGCAAGAAAAGAAGUAAUUUUAGCAGCCGGUGCGAUCAACACACCCAAACUUCUACAACUCAGCGGGAUAGGUCCCAGACACGCACUCGAAGCUGCGGGGGUGGAGGUUCUUCUCGACGCACCGGCUGUAGGGGCAAAUUUUCAGGACCACCCGGUCACGUAUCUCCGCUGGAAUGUUACGAAUUUGGCGUUUCCAAAUGAUGCGACGAUUGCGAUGAAUGCUUCGUAUAAUGCGAGUGCGUGGCAGGAAUAUAUCACAAAUCACACGGGACCAUACACUCAAGGCACUUCUCCCGAUGCAGCUUUCAUUCCUCUCUCUCAACUCACAUCUCAAAGCCAAGAAAUCAUCGACCAAGCCCGCGCUCAAAAUGUAUCGGAAUACCUCCCAUCUAUCUACCUCAACAGCUCGGCACUUCUCAAAGGCUAUCUAGCUCAACGCGAUAUCAUCCUCGAUCAUUUCUCCCGAACCGACGCAGCAGUGAUAGAAAUUCCCAUUGGCACCACAGGACCCGGCGCCUGCGCCGUCGAAAAACCUCUCUCCCGAGGAACCAUCACACUCUCCCCCUCCUCUCCCCAGUCCCAACCAAUCAUAAACUACCACACCUUUUCCUCCCCCACCGACUCCCUCCUCCUCACCUCCUGCAUCCGCUACGUCCGCUCCUACUAUUCCUCUCCCCUUCUCACCUCCUACUCUCCCACCGAAGAUUUCCCCGGUCCCGCUGCUCAAACAGAUGAAGAGAUUCUCGCAGCGCUGAUCAGCGCAGGCGCUAUCGCACCGAGUUUCGCGCAUCCGUCUGGGACGUGUGCGUUGGGGAAGAGAGAAUUGGGAGGGUGUGUGGGAAAAGAUUUGUUGGUGCAUGGGGUGCGGAAGGUGAGUGUUGUGGAUGCGAGUGUUAUACCGAUUAUUCCGGCGACGCAUUUGCAGUUGACGGUUUAUGCGGUGGCGGAGAAGGCAGGGGAUGUUAUUAAGGGGAGGGUGUGA